AUGCCAAAGAAGAGAGCUUCCAACGGUAGAAACAAGAAGGGCAGAGGUCACGUCAAACCAGUCAGAUGCGUCAACUGUUCCAAGUCCGUCCCCAAGGACAAGGCCAUCAAGAGAAUGACCAUCAGAAACAUCGUUGAAGCCGCCGCCAUCAGAGACUUGUCCGAAGCCUCCGUCUACGCCGAAUACGCCCUACCAAAAACUUACAACAAGUUGCACUACUGCGUCUCAUGUGCCAUCCACGCCAGAAUCGUCAGAGUCAGAUCCAGAGAGGACAGAAGAAUUAGAACCCCUCCACAGAGACACAGAUUCAACAGAGAAAGCAGAAUCUCCCCUGCUGACGCAGCCAAGAAAGCCUUGUAA